GUACAAACAGCUGACGGGAAAUAGUAUAGCUUUAAAUUACAUGUACGAUUUACUCCCCUUAUGUUUAAACUUGUCAUUUUCACCUUAAAAGAGUAAUGGGUAUUAUAUUUCGCUAAUUUAUAUUUCUGUCUCGUAAAGCUGAAUGUUAAACCUGUAAUGUCAUGUCAGAGUGGUACCAAAAGCCGAUAGAAGGUGUUCUUCUGGACAUAACAGGGGUUCUUAAAGAUGGUGGGCCUACUGGAACCAUAUCCAUCGAGGGCUCUGUAGAAGCUGUCAAAAGGUUGAAGGCUUGUGCUGGUCUGCAAGUUAGAUUUUGUACAAAUGAGACAACAAUCACAAGAAAACAACUUCUAGCAGAGCUUACUGGAUUUGGCUUUGAUGUUCAGGAGUCAGAGAUAUUCUCUCCAAUCCCUGCUGUCUGCCAGAUACUGCAAAACAGAGGGCUCAGACCACACCUUCUUGUGGCAAAUGCCUGCAUGCCGGAUUUUGCCGAUGUAGACCAAACAAAUCCUAACUGUGUGGUUAUAGCUGAUGCGGAGAGCAACUUUUCAUAUGAGAAUCUCAACAAAGCUUUUCAGCUUCUAAUGUCAUUGGAGAAACCUGUCCUGUUCUCCCUUGGCAAAGGGAAGUAUUACAAACAUGGCACUGAAUUAGUCCUGGAUGCUGGACCUUUUAUGAAAGGCCUGGAGUAUGCUUGUGACAUCACGGCAGAGGUAGUUGGAAAGCCAGACAAGGCGUUCUUCAAUGCUGUCAUGCAGGAUAUGGGACUUUCACCUGACCAGUGUGUGAUGGUUGGAGAUGACAUUGUUGGAGACGUAGGAGGGGCCCAGGGUGCCGGCAUGCGUGGUGUUCAGGUCCGUACUGGAAAAUACAGGUCGAAGGAUGACAGCCACCCAACUGUCCAGGCGGACGGACGAGUGGACAAUCUAGCACAGGCUGUAGACUAUAUACUGACCAACAGGACUUGAAGUGACCACUCUCACCCUGGUGGGCAUCAAACUCUAUAGAUCUAUUAUUGUAACUGUUCCUCUUUCAGUUUUUAUGAUAGUUGGCAUUAUAAGUUAGUAUUCGGACAUGUGCGUACUAAUUAUUAUGGGUACCCUAUAGUGAUAUAACUAAUGUAUAUGCAUUCAUGUUCAUUCUUUGGAUUUUUUUCCUAACGAUUCGUUCACAACGAUAUCAAUUCUGUCAGAGUUUAGUGUCAAUCUGAUGUGUGAUUGCCAAGGUACAUGUUGUUUUUUUUGCAGCUACCUUGGAACAUAAUGUUUAUGGUUUCUCGACCUGUCCAUUAGAUUACCAAAAUACUCACCGAGCCAGCGUGUAUUUGUAAUGAUUAACCCGUAUUAUUAGCUGUAGUAUUUUCUUUAACUAACCAUGACAUCAAUAACUGUGAUUAGUUAAAGAGUUUAUGAAUAAACCAGUAGCAAUA